UCCGAGAGAUAUCACCCCCAAUUUGAAAUUGCGCUAAAUUUGCUUCGGCGCGUUCAGCCCACUCACCGUCGGCCGGCGAACUUCCUCCUCUCCGUUUCUUUCUCCGGCAGAUCACUGUAAAAGUUUUGGCAGUAAAGAUGGAAUCUUUAUCCUCAUAUGGUUGGAUUUUUGAAAUAUGACAUUGCUGAAGAGGUAUGUGUUGAGAUUGUUCAUAUCAUUGAAGUACAUCACUGCAAAUGUGGUAGACAGAAACAACGGGAGUAUAGUAGCAACAUCAUCUACCGUUGAACAUUCAGUGAAACAGUCACUUGAGUGCGGUAGAACUUGCAAUGCAAAGGCUGCAGCGAUUGUAGGGGAGGUGUUGGCAAUGCGUCUCAAAGUGGAGGGCCUUGAUCAGGGGCAAGGAAACGGGAUCCAUGUCAAUGUAAAUAAAGAGGUUGAGAAGAAAGGUUUCAAGAAUCGUACAAAAGUUUGGGGUAUAGUUAAUGGCCUUAAGAGCAAUGGAGUGAAACUUAUUUUGGAUGACAACGAAAAUGAUACUUCUCGCCCUAACUUCCACUAACAUAGUGUGUUGAUCCUCCUUUGCACGCCCACAAGGUACAAAAAGUGAAUUGUAUCUCAUCGCAGUAAAUUAAUUGUACUCAAUAUGUAGUUGACUCUUAAAAUUAUAUCAUGCUUUAUUUUUUAAAGUAAAAAUAUAUUAAAGUA